CACAAGAUGGAUUUCUGGAAUCUGACAGUCAGAAUCACUUUCUUGUCGCAAAUCACAGUUGGAAUUCUGGGGAAUGUCUCUCUUCUGUUCUACUACCUAGUGCUUUACCUCAGAAACCGCACAUUAAAGCCCACAGACUUGAUUCUCAUGCACAUAAUGGCGGCCAAUGUCUUGAUCAUUCUCUCCUCAGGGGUGCCCCACACAAUGGUAGCUUUCACGUGGACGCGGUUCUUGAAUGAUUUUGGAUGCAGGCUCCUAAUACACAUUCAAGCAUUUGGCCGGACUGUGUCCAUUGGCACUACCUGCCUUCUGAGUGCCUUCCGGGCCAUGACCAUCAGCCCCAGAGGAUCCUGUUGGAAGCAUCAUAAAGUCAGAGCUGCCAAGUACAUUGGCUGCUCCGUUUCCCUCCUUUGGGUCUUGUAUAUGUUGAUAAAUUCCAUUAUCUUUGUGUACCCAUUUAUCCAAAGACAUAGCAAAAACAUGACCAGAAAACUAGAUUUUGGAGACUGUUCCAUUAUAGGGAGUGAUGACAUCAGUGACUCUCUCUAUGCAGUCUUGGUGGUGUGCCCUGAAGUAGUCUUUGUGAUGCUCUUCACCUGGUCCAGUACCUCCCUGGUUGUCAUUCUGUACAGACACAAGCAGAGAGUUCAACACAUCCACAGCUCUCGUGGUUCCAGCCGAGCCUCCCCUGAGUCCAGAGCCACCCAAAGCAUCUUGAUCCUGGUGUCCACCUUUCUGGCUUUUGAUACUCUCUCCUCCAUCUUAAAAGGGUGCAUUGCUUUUUUGUAUAAUCACAAUUGGUGGCUAAUGACCAUGGAUCACCUCACCUCUCUGUGUUUUCCCUCUUCUGGACCCUUUAUUCUUAUGAAUCAUUACUGUUUUGUGCCCAGACUCCAUUUUGUCUGGAGAAGAAAUAACUCUAUUAUUUUAAGUAUGUAA